AUGGCGACAAGAAGUAUCGGCGGGGGUGGAAAUCGACAGAGCAUAGCCCUCGGAGCUGCAGGUGGACAAAUGAAAUCAAGACAGCUAAAUCAUUUACACUCGCAGCUCGCCCAACUCUCCGCAAACCUCUCGGACACAGAGAACCUGUUACGCAUGACGAGCGUGCAGGCCGACGCGAUGAGGGGCCUGGGCAGCUGGCACGGCGCAUUAUUCAUGGCGGCCAGUCGAGUGCUGGGGGAAGAGAGUGUAAAAGAAGGCGCCAAGUAG